AUGAGGCGUUUUGCAGAAGUACAGGAGGGAGAUGCAGCACACAACACCAUUCCGGUCAAAAAUGAAGACGGCUAUCCUUGCCAGUUGGACAUCCGUGGCAACACCGAAAUGAGGGUCGUUGAAGAUGCUUUUAGUAUGCGGCCGAUAGUGACUGUGGUCAUCGACCGCAGACAGAAGAAACACGGCCCGUUGGCUGGUUUCUGCGUCAACUGUCUAAGCUCCUCUACGCGAGAUCACCUGUCGGCACUACCGGCGGAGCUCUUGAUCGACAUCUGCUCACGUCUUCCUGGCGGCGAGAUGCACAGGAUUCGGAUGCUGAGCAAGAGGUUCAAGGCGUUCAGCGACACGAACGAGAGGGCGAUUGCGUCUCCGGCGAUCGCAUUGGAACAGGACCGCUUGACGAGAGAUCAUUCGAAUCUGGUCGAUAUCACUGCCGUGAGCUUCGCCGAAUUGUUCAGGCGCUACGUUUCACAUUACGGCCUGAUCGAAGACAAUGAGACCAGGGCGGUUACCUGGUGGAAGCUUUGCACCUACUACGUACACGAAAAGUAUGUCCGGGAAGAACAUCUGCCUAGCGGCUCCGCGCUGAGGGCUGCCACUUGGUGCUUCAAGUCAGCAAGUCGUAUCCUGUCCAUGGCAUUGCACACGCGGCAGAUGGAGACCCGACAUGCGCGAGAAGCAAAGAUAGUCUCUGCAGGACGACGGUGUGCAGUCAAGCUAGCUGGGGUCGCGACCCGGGACUUUGCCUUCAUCCGGUCGGCUGCGCGUGGACAACGUGGUGAACUCGAUCGAAACUGGAUAGACUUGCAAGGGUGCUUCGUCGCCGAGUGUAUGGAACGCGGCGAUAAAGCAGGCUUAGCAGGCUUGGAGCGUGAGAAAUCCGCCUACAGAGCACUCGCCGAGAAUAUCAGGGCGAGUUGCUGGCUGGAAAUGCGCGCGAUAGCCGAAAGUGCCAUACCACACCAGCCGCGAUUCUGUCACGAUCUGUCCUUGACCUCGGCUGCUGUGAGAGACAUCUAUGCCGCUCUGAUCAGCCUGCCCAGUGCGUACGAACGUCUGUUCAUCGACAGACCGCCGCGGGCUCACUCAGGCGUCAUGGGACGAUGCAGGUUCGAGGGUCUGCUCGCCUGGCUGGGCGUGCCGUCAAUCCCUUACGGCAACCACUUCACUUACCGGUUCACAACGCGCUCCGCGAAUGCACUAGUAUCCAGACUUUAUAUGGAGACGGUGAAGGACUUCACUCCUUUCCAGAAAGCUGCGAUUCUAGAGGUGAUGUUCUUAUCAUGA